UGUUCAUUGUCAGGUAGGCCACAUGUAUGAGUAGCUUCUUUGUUGUGUGGUAUAUGUGACAGUCCAUGGAGGUUGUUGAUCACAUUAUCUAACGCUAGUGAGGUGCCACUGGGGGAUAGACGGUUUAGAUGUUUUACAUGUGCGAGUGUGUAGAUGUAUGGAAGGAUGCAUUUUUUGUAUAGCGAACUUCGUUUCUGUGAUAGGAAAUGAUCUGAGGCCGCACAUUAACGGUGCGGUUUCGACGGGCGAUGAGAAGCGGGGCCAUCGUCAUUUUAGUUCAUUGCGAUUUCUUCCUACGGUCAUCUAUCUUUGAUCAGAUGGUGAUUGGGUUUUAACCAAACAUCAUUGAUCAAGAGAAGGAAACCACGUUGAAGGAGACCCAAUUCAUCCAAGAAUUUAAAGGGACCUAAGUCUGGAUGGACGGUCCAGAUGAUUUUGGUCCAUUUGUGCGGCCAGAAGAAGCAAAAAAUUUUUAAAAAGCAAGGUACCAUUUUCUUAUUUGAAUGUCUCUAUCAAUCAAAACACAACAAAAUCUUUUUCCUGCAAAAUCAAAGCAAAUCAACGUUUAACCCAAAGAAUGGAAAAGGCCACAGCCCUUAUUCUCACCGUCAGAUUCUCAUUUCUCUCCCAUUGUCCUCUACCUCCCACUAUGCAACAAAUCCUAGCCCUUCAUUUCUGUCGUCUCAUCAUAUGACCACCAUUCUCUUCCCUUAAAUCUACACCCAAAGCUCCCCUAAACUGGUCGAAAAGAAACACCUGUAAACCCAAACAAGUGGGCCAUCAUCAGAGGGAGCUCGCCAGCUUCGGGGAAAUGGCGCUCGUUCGAUCCAACAUGAAUCAGAGCCUGGAAAGCUUGCUAGGCAUGGACAAGCCCGUAGACAUUCCGGCGCCCUCGGUGAAGGUUUUCCCAGGCCAUGGCCUUGAGUUUGAAAAUCUCUCUUAUAGUGUCAUGAAAAAACAGAAGAAAGAUGGUGAGUGGAUUAAGAAGGAAGCUUUUCUCCUUAACAACAUCUCUGGUCAGGCCCUCAGAGGUGAGAUCACUGCCAUCUUGGGGCCCAGUGGGGCCGGAAAAUCAACGUUCCUUGAUGCCUUGGCGGGCCGGAUUGCGCAAGGAAGCCUUGAGGGAUCGGUCAGCAUCGACGGGAGGCCGGUGAGCACAAGCUACAUGAAGAUGGUGUCAUCGUAUGUGAUGCAAGAUGAUCAGCUGUUCCCGAUGUUGACGGUCUUCGAGACGUUCAUGUUCGCAGCUGAGGUUAGGCUUUCUCCUUCCAUCUCCACUGCCGAGAAGAAGAAGCGGGUCUACGAACUCCUUGAACAACUGGGCUUGCAGAAUGCAGCACACACAUACAUUGGUGACGAAGGGAGGCGAGGGGUCUCCGGCGGGGAGCGUCGGAGGGUCUCGAUUGGGAUCGACAUCAUUCACAAGCCGUCUGUGUUGUUUCUUGAUGAACCCACAUCAGGUCUUGACUCGACCAGCGCCUAUAGUGUGGUUGACAAGGUGAAGGACAUCGCUAGGGGCGGCAGCAUUGUGCUCAUGACCAUCCAUCAGCCAUCCUACAGAAUCCAGAUGCUGCUAGACCGGAUCAUAGUCCUCGCAAGGGGAAGGAUGAUCUACUUAGGAAGCUCAACGGCCCUUCCGGCACACCUAGCUGGGUUCGGGCGACAAGUUCCUGAGGGGGAGAACAGCAUGGAAUACCUACUAGAUGUGAUAAAAGAGUACGAUGAAUCCACGCUGGGACUUGAACCGCUUGUUCUUUAUCAACGGGACGGGAUCAAGCCCAAUCAAGAGGCGAGGACGCCGAUCCGAAGGACUCCUAAGAUCCGUCGGACCCCAUACCGUAAGUCGCCGAUGAAACAAUUGCCACUUAGAAGCCAAGCAUCAUUCUCUACUGGGAAUCAGACACCUGGUCCGGACUCUUCCAACUUGGACAGUUACGCUGAUGACAACGAUGACGACGAUGAUUUUGACUACUCGCUGGAACGCAAGUCCCAAACACCAAUGCAGACCGGAAUCCAAAACCCGCGUCUAGCGUCGCAUUUCUACAAGGAAUUCUCAAUGUGGGUCUACAAUGAAGUGAAAGGAACGCCUCGUCGCCCUCCCUCAUGGACUCCAGCAAGGACCCCUGGCCGCACGCCUGCCAAAACUCCCGGCCGAACACCGGCCAAAACCCCUCUCGCAGCCCAAAUCGUCACCCAUGACCGAAUCACCAUUGAAAUGCCCAUCUACCAACAACCCAAAACACCCUCAUUCGUUAACCCGUCGCCAGACCCCUACCCAUACUCUUAUGAGGAAGACUCUGAGGUGGAAGUGCUCGACGAGCAUGAUCAUGGCCCCAAGUUUGCCAAUCCAUGGCUCCGUGAGGUCGUCGUCCUCUCACGACGUACAAUGCUCAAUGUCAUUCGUACGCCGGAGCUAUUCCUCUCUCGGGAGAUCGUUCUCACUGUCAUGGCUCUCAUCCUCUCUACCCUCUUCAAGAAGCUCAAAGACGAUCAAUUCACGACAGUCAACCGCCUUCUCAACUUCUACAUCUUCGCCGUCUGCCUCGUCUUCUUCUCAUCCAACGAUGCCGUCCCCACCUUCAUCCAGGAGCGCUUCAUCUUCAUACGAGAGACAUCCCACAAUGCAUACCGCGCAUCCUCCUACGUUAUCUCGUCACUGAUAGUCUACCUUCCAUUUUUCGCCAUCCAAGGUUUCACAUUUGCCGUCAUCACCAAGUACAUACUCAAGCUGCAGUCUAGCCUAUUCUAUUUCUGGAUCAUCCUCUACGCGUCGCUCAUCACCACCAAUGCCUACGUGAUGCUUGUAAGCGCGCUUGUCCCCAGUUACAUCACCGGAUAUGCGGUCGUGAUUGCCACUACUGCACUUUUCUUCCUUACAUGCGGCUUCUUCUUGAAGAGGACCCAGAUACCAAAUUACUGGCGGUGGUUGCACUACAUAUCGGCGAUCAAAUACCCCUUCGAGGCGUUACUAACUAACGAGUUCAAGGGUGAUAGAUGCUACAAAGGGAACUAUACUGAUCUCUCGCCGGGCCCAUUGGGCAAUCUGAAAUUCAGCUCCCUUCACUUCAAGAUACCCAAACCGUGCAUGUUGAUCGGGCAAGACAUACUUUCGACGAUGGAUAUUCAAAUAGAAAGCAUCUGGAUGGACAUUGCAAUCUUGCUUGCAUGGGGAGUCCUUUACAGGUUGUUUUUCUACGUGGUCCUUAGGUUCUACUCCAAGAAUGAGAGGAAAUGAACCUUUUGAUUUUGUUUUUCAUCUUUAUAUUUUUCUCUCCUUUUCUUUCUUCUCUAAAACUAAGAGGUGUUAGGUUUUCUAUUGAUUGCUCUUCCAUGCAAAUAAAUGUUACAAGAGAUCUAUAUUUAUAUCUA